CGACUGAAACAGAAGCAGAGCAGUUUCUACAGUGUGUGAUUAACUCGUGCAGUUCAUGUAAACUUGAAUUUAAGAACAACAGAAAAUAUUAGAGCUACGUCAGCUUUACCCAUCAAAGAGGACAGACUUACUCCAGCAGCUCUCUGUGGGUUCCCACUGGUGGCAGCUUCCUCUGAAACUAAUGGAACCAGAGGAGAGCCGUUACUCUGGCAGUGCACACUCAGUGAACAGUUUGAUCCAGAGAAAGUCGGCAUUUACUGGCAGAACCAAAAUAAUAAUGAAAUGCUCCACUAUUACAGAAAUGGAAAGGAGGAUUUGGAACAUCAAAGCGUGUCAUUUAAAAACAGAACCAAAAUCUUUCCUGAUCAGUUACGAUCUGGAAACUUGUCCCUUAUCAUCGAUCCGCUGAUGCCUGAAGACAACCUGAAGUCCCUUAAAGUCGUUUUCAACCAUGCAGGAGAUAUCAAGGACAAACUCUGCCAAACCAUGGUUCAUGUAGCAGCUAAUUUUAAGGAGCCAAACAUCGAGAUCAACCAAAAGAAGAUGACAGCAACUUGCACAACACAGGGGGGCUUUCCUGAACCUGAACUGGCAUGGAUUUCCACCGACCAUGAAGGACAUGAACGUGCACUGGAACCACCUGAUGUUCUGACCCUGCAGAUCCACAAGGAGGAAGACGGCACCUACAGCAUCAUCAGCACAGCCAACUUCACGGGGUCAAAGACGGUGACCUGCACGGUUUACAACCCAACUUCUAACAAGACUGUGGGAGCAACUGCAGACCUGCCUGCAGCUCCAAACCCUGAGUCCAAACAGGAGACAGAUGAGGUCCCCAGUGAAGGCCUGCCUGUGGCUGCAACGGCUGUGAUUGGAGUAUUUAUAGUACUCGUAGUACUCGUAGUACUCACAGCCUUUGGCUACAAGAAAUAUCACCAACAGAGACAACAGAGGUCUAACGGUCCUGAGCCGUCAGCUGCUUAUCUUUCCAACGGUGCUUUGCUAGCAGAGAAUGGAGGGGCAGACAGCCGAAGAGAAAGCCCAAGAGAAGCACAGCUCUGAGGUCAGCUCUCCUACCACUGAGGCAGAAUGACCACAAAUGAAGCCUGCAUUAAGAUUCAGAGUGAGACCAAGACCAGAGACCAGACUUGCAACAAGACUCUAACGACCAGCUUCAUCUCUCUGGCAUUAUUUAAUUUAGAGCUUCACAUGAUGGGCUGUACCUCGUUAUGCUCAGUAUUUGUAAUUCCUGCUUGAAAUUGAGAGAUUUCUGAGCUUUAACAUUUCUCCCUCUGUGAAGAUAAGCUAAAGGAUCUUGUUACUGUACUUAAGCAGAAGGCAUCUGGACUUCAGCAUUUAUUUUUCUGACAACUUUUUACUGCCUACAUGUUAACACUACUUUCUACUUCUUAACUUUUCAAAAUAGACUCAUUACUUUUGGUUCAACAGUAUCAUUUAUAGUGUUUAUACUCUGGGUUAAAGCAGGCGUACGUAUGUCGUCGGCUUCUAGCUUCUACAGAAGAGGAAAGAGCAUCAAAGAUGUUUCUCCAACAUUUCUAUCGGCUCAACAAACAUCAGCAAACACACAAACUGUGUGUGCAGUUUGUCUCACAGUGUGUGCUAAAGCUAAAGGUCCAGCUGCUUUUUUCACAGGGAGAGAAAAGACAGAGAGCUAAGUUCAGUCAGAGAUGGAGAAGGAUAAGAAAGACGGACAGGAGAGGAAGAGCUUAGACUUAAUGUUUAUAUCCUUAACCAUACGUUUCUAUGCAGUUACAACCUAUAGUUAUCUGAGCUUAGUCCACAACAACAUCGGUACAUUUAAUGUGAAAUAUUCUUUUAUUCUCUUCACCUUAAAAACUAUCCUAAAAUAUGAUGACAGCAUCCAUCUCAUCCUAAAAUGACCAAACAGCUGAUUCGUGAACAAAAUAACUGACAGACAUUAAAAUGUGAAGAUUUGUUUUUCCCUUGAAGUCAGUUUGUCCUCAUGUAAACGUGUUCAUGCACAUUCAAGUGUUUUCUUCAAACAGGACACCUGACCAACAAACAUGUAAUAGUAUUUGUACAGUAACAGUAUCCAGAGUACUUUAGGUUCGAAUCACCGCUGUGGUUGUUUGGGCUCAGCCAAACAGGUGUGGUUCACAUCCAUGUGUGUCCACUCAUGAUAAGGACACACAUGUAGUCCUGCAUUCACUUCAUCAAUGAAUCCGAGUGAACGUUUGUCCUGCAUUAACUCUGUGGGGUCUUCACCUCACAGUAACACGUGUGUUUGUUAACUGAUGCUAUAUGAAUAAAAGUGAACUACA